AAGCAACCCCCCCCACACAUCCACUCACACCUUAAAGGCAGGGAAUUGCAGGAGGAUCCUGGGAAUGCUCUCCACAUGGGAGCUUGGAGAGGGGUUUCCUGCUGGGAGUGUGUCAGCCCUUGCUGGGCUUUCCUUACCUGGAUGUUUCCCGUUUUUUUGACGCUUUCCGUUGGUUUUUGUUCCCCACGCAGGAGCCAUAACCCUUCUGCCCGCUUGGAAGUGCAACUGGUAAUGGGUAAUGGUGUGAGAGAGGGUCCAGUGGAUUUCCCAAAGGAUGUGGAGCCGGUCACAGCAGCCCAUCUCCCAGCAGAGGAUAACCAGGAGAAGAAGAAGGUGCUCAACUCCCUGAUGUCUGGUGCACUGGCUGGUGCUGUUGCUAAAACUGCAGUGGCUCCCCUGGAUAGGACAAAAAUCAUGUUCCAAGUGUCUUCAAAAAGAUUUUCUGCCAAGGAAGCUUACAGGCUGAUCUACCGCACCUACCUCAACGAGGGCUUCUGGAGCCUCUGGAGGGGGAACUCGGCCACCAUGGUCCGCGUGAUCCCCUACGCCGCCAUCCAGUUCUGCGCGCACGAGGAGUACAAGCAGCUCCUGGGCAGCUACUACGGCUUCCAGGGAAAGGCCCUGACCCCCUUCCCUCGGUUCAUUGCUGGCUCCCUGGCGGGCACCACGGCUGCCAUGGUGACCUACCCCCUGGACAUGGUCCGUGCCCGCAUGGCCGUCACGCCCAAGGAGAUGUACAGCAGCAUUGUGCACGUCUUCAUCCGGAUAUCCCGGGAGGAAGGGCUGAAAACCUUGUACAGGGGCUUUACCCCCACCAUCCUGGGGGUGAUCCCCUACGCCGGGCUGAGCUUCUUCACCUACGAGACACUCAAGAAAGUCCACGCAGAUCACAGCGGGAAGGCCCAGCCCUCCCCCCCGGAGAGGCUGCUGUUCGGAGCCUGCGCGGGGCUCAUCGGGCAGUCGGCCUCGUACCCGCUGGACGUGGUGCGGCGCCGCAUGCAGACGGCCGGGGUGCUGGGACACACCUACAGCUCCAUCCUGCUCACCAUGCAGGAGAUCGUCAGGGAGGAGGGACUGAUCCGGGGCUUGUACAAGGGCCUCAGCAUGAACUGGGUCAAAGGGCCGAUUGCAGUGGGGAUAAGCUUCACCACCUUCGACCUGACGCAGAUCCUCCUGCGGAAGCUGCAGGGCGGCGCCGGCGUGGAGAGGUAGUGCCGUGAUCCCCUCGGCCCCUCGGCGUAGGAAGAGCGAUGCCCUCGCCUCGCCCGUGCCCUCCCGCAGCUCAGAACUCGCCUGCCUUGUUUGGUUUUCCUGUUGUCCCCCUGGAUUUUUGUUUUUUUGGUUUUUUUUUUUGACCUUCCUAACGAGCGUCUCGAGUUCCUCGGAAACCUCGGCCCGAAGGGGGACUCUGCCCUAAACAAAAUCCCCCCCUCUCUCCGGUCCUGCAAGGGCUGAGUCCUCUAAAGCAGCUGCCUCACCCUUCUGCUUGACUCUGGUGCCAGGAGUGGAGCCUCCCAGAACCAACCCGUGCUGCUCCUGCUCCUCCCUGGGCUCCAUGGGCAGAGGGAGCGGCGGACGAUGGAAGAGGGGGCUCGGUGCUGUUGGAAUGACCACCUCCCCACCCCGGGAUGUGGGAAGUGGCUGCUGCUCCUGGCAGGCGGUUUGUGGCCCCCAGAACACGUGCUCUGGCUGGAGGCAGCCUGCCAAGUGCAAUAUUCCAGUUAGUCUGGAGGGAAUUCCGCGUGCUCCUGUGAGCUGGGAGCGCGCUCUCCUCCUGGAAGCUGAGUGUUUCUCUGCCCUUCUUCGGCCGUUCCUCUCGCUUUUUUUGGGUUGAGCUGCGUGAAUCCCCCUUGUUUGUGGUGUCUCUGAGAUUACCAAAGACUGUGGGCAGCAGGGGAGGGGAGUUCUGAGCCGUUCUGUAAAUGGAAUUCUCGUGUGUGUUGUCGCCGUCGUCGGGUCAGGGCUGGGCUGACUCCAACCUCAGUCGCGUUUCGGGGCUGCCCAAACCCUUCCAUGUUGUCCUGGUCUGGAGGCAGCGUUUUCCAAGGGCUCUGACAGCCUGCAGUGUUGAUGCACUAGGAGAGAGGGCGUGUUACAUCCUUCAGAUUUCAGCAGUUUUGUCCUUCAGUAUUAUUGUUGCUGCUCUAUGCACCACGUGAGAACAAAUACCUGACUUUGCUGUCCCUGUGUGGUGGAACCAGCCUGGGAGCUGAUUCCAGCUUCUGGCCCUGCUUCUGAACAACCUUGUUGUCUUUUGGUACCUGCUGUGUAGGUCGUGUCACCUCUGUUUGUUCAUCCACGCCUCACCCCACGUGCUUUCCUAUUCCUAAAAUUCUCCUGGAGCAGCCUGGUCCUUGGGAUUAUGGGCACCACAGCCAGUGCUGACCUUUCAGGAAUGAUCUAUAGUGCCAAUCACUUCCACCUGUAAUUUGGAAAUUAAUGGUGAAGAAGCUUUUGGUGUUUGUGUUUCAAAUCAGUUUUCAGGGAAAUGGAGAUUUUUGGGGGGUGGGGUUGUUCUGUGAUCCGUUCCUCUAUUGAAUUUGGAGUGCAAGAGAGGUCAGAGCAAACUUCAGACUUCCCUGAGAAUCAGAUUAGCUAAACCAAGAUUAAAAGUUCCCCUUUCAGCCUGCACAGUCCAUAAUGUAUAAAAAGAAAAACAUGAAUUAGGAUCUGUCCUUUCCUGGUGUUUGUGUUUUAGCCGUCGUAGCUUGAGCCUCGUGUCACAGAUCAGUGGGAAUGGAGGUAAUUGCACAGCUGGUAGAAGCAGCCUUCUCCUCCCUUUUGUCUUUGCACUUGUUCUUUGGAGCAGAACUUGCUUCUGAUGCCAAAUAUUUCCUUAGGAAUCAAGCACCUCCACUUGUCACGGGCACGGCCCAGAGCUGGCACGCCGGGGUAUUGACGUGUGGUUCCCAGAGCUGGGAUGGAUCAGGCUUUGCUGGCUGGGUGUUAACCUCAGCAGCCCCUGCCUCCAAGCCCAGAAAUGGUGAUUUCUGCAUCCCUUGGCUGCAGCCCCCUGGUCUGCAGUCAAAGAGCUGUCAGUGGGGGUGAGGAAGGGCCCGUGGAGGCGAUGGCCACGAGCCCUGCGUGUCCUUUGCUGACAGAAGGUGAUCUCAGCCCCUCCCUCCCUUCGUGAGGGGGAAGCUUUGGUCGGUCCUUGCAAGAGCUCCUGAUUUCUUUUCUCCAAUGGAGAAGCCAAUUAUCCCGCUCUUGUCUUCACCUUGCCCAGCCCAGGGAGGGAAUCGUCGCUUCCCAAGUGCAGGGAUUUGGGAAGUGUGUGUGAGGAGCAGUUUGUGUGUCCGAUCCACGCCCAGUCCCCUCCCAGCCUGGGCAGCUCCUUCCUUUCUGCACAGCCAGGGAGGAGGAGGAGGAGGAGGAGGAGAAGGUGAACUGUGACAUCCAGCUUGGAGCUGGUUCCUUUGCUCCAUGGAAUAGUGGAUCAUCUGAGAGCAUCCAAAGAUGCUGAGCAUCACUGAGCCCCCCUGGCCACAGAGGUGCUUUGAUUCCUCCUGAGUGUGUUGUCUGAGAAGGGGUUUGCUGGAUGGCUGGCCCCUUGUUUGGGAGUGAAUGGGAGGGCAGGUGUGCACAGGGAAUCUUCUGCCCUGUCAGGAGUGCAGCCAGUGGAUUAUAAGGAUGGGAAUCCUCUGGAAGAGGCUGAGCCUGGAAUCCCCACCUCACAGCCAGAACCUGGAGCUGAGGAGCAAGCACAGCCAAACUGGCAAGCACUGGGCCAAGGGAAGUUGUUCCUUAAAUUAGCAGCUGCACCUGAUUUUCAUUCAAUGGAAUUUGAGCCAAACCUGUUUUUUCCAAGUUCUGCAGGCUGAGUGUUUGUUCAGAGGCAGAGCUUUGAAUUCAGUCCAGGGUGGUUUUGGUGCUUUUGUUUUCUUGGGCAGAAGUGUUUGAAGUAACUGUGUGUUACUGCUUUGGGUUGUUUUAAAUAGUGGGGUUUUUUUUGUUGUUGUUCUUUUCUCUGAUUUGAAUGUAGAAAGGGAGAAACAGAGUGUUCUCUUCCCUUCUCUUAUUCCUUGCAUGAAUUGAGACGUGUUCCAGAUCUCUCUGCUGCCUGGAAUGAGGUGUCCUGCUUUGGGAAGGGGGAUAUCUGUGUGCUGGCCAAGAAGGUCCUUUGCCUUUAGCCCUGAGAAAGGAGACAAGUCAAACAGGAGUAUCCUCUACUCCUUCUUUCCUUUAGAACUUCUUUGCUACUACUGCAAUCCCCCACUUUUUCAUUUUGUCCUUCUUCAAACUGCUUUUUAUUGCCACGUCACGUUUCCCCCGUGGUUCCUUUAAUGAGUUACACUCAAACAGGAAUUUGUGCUUUUUUUUUUUUUGCCCCUCUUCUCUCCCUCCUUCCCUCCUGCUUCUGCACCUUGAGCCCUGCACUAGCACUUGGAGAAAAUCAGGUCCAAUAAAUGCAUCCAAAACGACCGAACUGCAGCUCUUCAGCUCUUCAGCCCAACCUCGUAGGGCUUGAUGCUUCUGGGGGGGGACACAAGAAGUUUUAAAGGCACUGAGCGAUGGGAAGGGAGGGGGUUUUUUUGGAAGCUUCUCGAGCUACUUGUCCAGUUUAGCACCUUCACUUGUCCCAGCACCUUCCCUGAGAUGCUGCUGCUCGGUGUGGUUCCCUUGUGGUACCUCCAGCGAUGCCCCCUGGCAGUGGCUGCUGGCUGGGAGGUACCUUGGGGACAGCCUGUCCUCCUGGGGAGCUCAGAGGGUCGCUGGAGGGUGUUGGGGGUGGGAUCUGAGCUGGCUUCUUGCAACCCUGUUUGCCCGGCGUGGUGGGAGGGUCGGGGAUGGAGCCGCAGCCUCCUGGGGUGGGCGGUGUGGGGGCUCCCUGGGAGCUCUCCAGGAGCAGCUCCAUCGCUUCCCCUGGCACUUCCCAUUGCCUUCCACCUGGAAGGACUCGGGCACCACCUUCACCCUCUCGUCUUGUGACCCAAAAGCAGAUGAAAGGAGACUUUGAGCAGGGUUGAUGUGGCUGGGGCCAGUCCUGGGUGGGCAGGGGAUGUGCUGGGAUUGCUUCCCAGGGAGAUUCCUCCAGUGCCUGGACAGGGUUCCUGGGCUCUGCAGGUACUUCCCAGGUUCCUGGCCAGGUUCCUGGGCUCUGCAGGUACUUCCCAGGUUCCUGGCUGGGUUUCUGGUCUCCUUAGAGAGCUGGGGGUACCUUCUGGACUCUCCCCACCUGGACUGGGCCAGAGGAGGAGGAGGAGGAGGUGGCCUUCCUACAAAACAGCCUUUUUUUUGGGGUCUUUUUAGGGGCUGUUUCCUCCUGUUGUGUCCCCCCCCCAAGAAUGCCGUGCCCUGCAGGGUUUCCCAGCACUGCUCACUGCCUGUGUGGUCUAUGCAUUUAUUAGCACAAACACUGUUAAAAUGCCUUUUGUGUCCUCACCAUCGGUGUGUGUGGGUGUGGGUGGGUCGGUUUUGACUGCUUUUCUUGGAUCUGGAGUUCUAUUUUAUUGCAGUGAAGACACUUUGUUACAUAAUGUUUAUAUAUUUUGAGAUUUGUGCCAAGAGAGGAUGUAUAUUUAAUAAAAAAUCGAAUUGGA